AUGAAUAAAAAAGAUAACUUGUUGGAGGAUGAGAACUUGAAAAUUUCUGAAGGCCCUCAAGAGCUUAAGAAGUCUUCAAAAGCGGCGAAGGAGAAACCUGUGUUUCGCAAGUACCGCACGAAGCAUAUGAAGCAAUUUCCGGAAUUAUAUCGAAGUGAUGUUUCAAUUCAUCCCAGUUAUACAAACUUGAAAAUCUUGCCUUACCAUGUGGUCUGCAGGCAACGCGUGCAAAGGAUUAAGCGACAAUCAUUUCGGCAACUGAAUCGUGAGAUCACGUAUUUUGCUAUGACCCAAACUCUUGCUCUCGAUGGUGUGAGAAUCGAUCGCGUCUUCAGCAUUGGCAUGUUGCCGAAGAUGUUAAUCGUGCCAGAUCCUUUAACAGAGAAAGAGAGACGCCGACUGAACGAGCUUAUCGAACAUUCUUAA